UGUGUAACAAUACAUACCUAUUACAUUAUCGAAAUGAUUAUUAUAUUAGUAUUAUUUUGAUGGAGCAAAGCUAUGGGCGUAAGUGCAUAUAAGCUUUACGCCACAAGAGGUUCGAGUAAUGUCAUGAUUUGCUUAUAAAAAAUUGUAUGCCUAAAAAGAAUUAAUCGACAAUCGAAAUAAUCGCAGAAAUAUUUGCAAACCGAUAAUUUAUUUCAGGCUUGCCAAAGAGAUGAAUGAUUCCAUAGGAUAUAUAUUCGCUCCUACACAUAAUGCUUAUAACAACGUCUUGAUGGGUAUACUAGGGUAUCUAGCUAUUAAGUUGAGAAGUUUACCAAAUGCUCUUCAGUUGAUUUUGUGGAUAUUUGUGCAGUGGCUCUCAUGUCAUUGCGGGCAGAAACUUGAGGAUGCGAGCCUAUUAUUACGAACUGAGGUAUUCGAGCUAUCAUGGUAUAAUAUGGAUCCAUCUCUGGCGGGCAUUUACAAAAUUUUUCUUGCACAUGUCAGUUCGACACUUCACAUGAAAAUUCAACCUAUAAUAUACUUGAAUAUGAACAAUUUUUCUUCGAUUCUCAAAGGCGCCUAUUCAUUUCUAAUGUACCUAUUGAAGAUGUGAGGAUGGAGGACAUAUGAUUUCCAUUUCAAGAAGUUUCAAAGGAAUUUUAACGAAAUGAUAGAUUUGUAUAGCACUUAAAUUCUAUAAUGAAUUCAUGCAUGAAAAUUAAUCGUAGUAAACAUGCAACUAUCACUAAACGGUUCAUUAUUUUCUAU